CUGAAUUAAAAGAAAUACUUAAUCCUCAGUAUUAUACCACGGCUCGUUUAGAAAAGAUCAACUUCGCUAAAAUAAGAAAAAGAAAAUUUAUAUAAAAAAUUAAAAUUAAAUCUUAGAGAAAAAAAAAAUAAAAAAUUAAAAAAGGUCAAUGGAACGCUGGCAAAACAAAGUAGCUGUGGUAACAGGUGCUAGUGCAGGAAUUGGUGAAGCAAUUAGUAAAGAUCUUCUAAAAGCCGGUUUAAUUGUUGUUGGACUUGCACGUCGUAAAGAAAAACUCGAAAAAAUACGUGAAAGUUUACCAGAAAAUUUAAAAUUAAAAUUUCAUAUGCAUAAGUGCGAUGUUGGUAAAGAAGAAGAUGUUUUAUCUGUUUUUAAAUGGAUUGAUAAUGAACUGGGUGGAACUGAUAUAUUAAUCAAUAAUGCAGGUUGUCUCAAACCAUGUGAUUUAGUCGCAUUAGACAAUACAGAAAAAGUUCAAGAAACUGUUAAUACAAAUAUUAUGGGUGUUGUUUAUUGCACACGAUCGGCAUAUAAUUCAAUUCGUGAACGAAAAUCUAACGGACAUAUAAUAUUAAUUAAUAGUGUUGCUGGUCAUAUUGUACCUAAUAUUGGAACAGAUUUACCAUCUUUCAACAUUUAUAGUCCAACAAAACAUGCUGUAACUGCUAUGAAUGAAAUUUAUCGGCAAGAAUUUAAAAGAUAUGGACUUAAUUGUAAAGUUACGAGCAUUAGCCCCGGCGCAGUAGAUACAGAUAUAUUUCCAGAAGAAUGCGCAGAUAUGAUUAAGUCAACGAUGCCAUUAUUAAAAUCUGAGGAUGUUUCUAAUGCGGUACUUUAUGUAUUAGGUACACCACCACAUGUUCAGAUACACGAAUUAAUAAUAAAACCAAUGGGAGAAAUGUGUUAAAACCAGAACAAUGCAACUGAAUUGAACGAACUGAUUAUAAUUGCUAAUUAAAAAAUAAUUGUUUUUGAAAAUAAUAUUUUAUGAUUUAACUUUUUUAAAGGUAUACAUAGGUACUGAUAAUUGAAUAAUCUUAAUGGAAAAAUAC